AUGACGAGGAGUUCAGCCGAGGCUUACGACCCGCAACACGAUAUCAAAGCAAGAAUGUGGGAACUGGAUGUUCUUCCAUAUCAGACUGUUGAUGUCAGUGGGAAGCUUUACAGUUCUGACAAUUCCUUUUUAGCCGUGGAAGAGAAUAAGUUGUACUUCCUGGCUGGUUAUAGGAUGCCCGGAGAGGCAUCAGGAUUGAGGUCGCAGGUGCACAUUUUCGGCACGACUGUGAACGGAGAUGGAUGGAGGACCUUUGAGCCAGUUGAUGAGGGAAAGGGAAAGAAGCUUUGUGGCCGUAGCUGUGUUCUAAAACAGGGCUACUAG